CUGGAGAAGGAGAGAGAGGCGAGAGAGCGUAACCCCGCGGCACCCGUGUGUGUCGCACUAAAAUGUGACUCUGGCCAGCAGCACCGAGAGCCGUGUGUGUCGAGAGCGAGAGAGAGAGAGCGAGAGCGAGAGAGAGAGAGAGAGCGAGAGAGCGCGCGCGCGAGAGCGAGAGGGAGAGAGAACGAGAGGGAGAACGAGAGGGAGAGAGAGAGAGAGAGUCGUGCGUGCCGGAAUUUUCGUUAGUUUCGAACACGGCUACGAGCUGGUCCGGGCGCGUAGAACGACGGUGAACCGAAAGGCCGAGGAACAAAAGGCGACACAGCCGGCCUGGAGUGUCUGAAGAACCGGAAGAAGAAGAAGAAGAAGAAGAAGAAGAAGAAGAAGAAGAAGAAGAAGAAGAAGAAGAAGAAGGAACAGAAGAAGCGGAAGAAGAGAAAGAGGCGGAGGAGGAAGAGCUUCUAGCUUCACCCUGGCCGGGAGAGCUAGAGGGGCGCGGACCACCGGAUACCCUAACUCUGGUCGAGCCAGCGAGGACCCGGAAGAGAGGGCCCGGAAGAAGUGUUCGGCGAACGCGGCAGGAUUUCGCUGGGCUGGCUGGUUGAUUCGCGACAGCGACAGCGACAGAGACAGAGACGGAUACGGCAGGGACGGAACGCGGACGGCGAUGGCAUGCGAAUCUAAUUGAGACGCUGCUGGAUGACACCUCGGCGGAUAUAGGCUGGCAGGUGCACUGUCACGGCCUGGGAGGACGAGGACGAGCCUGGUCGGCUCGAUGACCGGCCGGGAGUAGUUUAGUAUCGUUACCAACCGUGAACUGUGAUUCAUUGUGGGAGCCGGGAUACGGGGACUCGCGCGACACCACCGGCCGCUAAACAGGAAAAAUGAAGCUGGAUCUAAUGGACCGAGAGAAGGGCCUCGAGCUCUUCGGGAAGUUCACCCGCACGAAGAACGUGGACAGCUUGCAGGGCGAUCAGAGGAAGCCUGGGCCCGAGCCGUUGCAUUCGGCCGAGUCCAAGCAGAAACUACAGAAGUGCCUGACGACUCUGGACCUGACGUCUUUGGGAGUUGGCUCCUGCGUUGGUACAGGGAUGUACGUAGUCGCGGGGAUGGUGGCGCGCAGCGUCGCCGGGCCAGGCGUCGUCAUCUCGUUCAUAAUCGCGGCAGUUGCUUCAAUUUUUUCGGGAGCAUGUUACGCCGAGUUCGGCGUCCGAGUGCCCCACACCUCGGGCAGCGCGUACAUGUACAGUUACGUGACGGUAGGCGAGUUAAUAGCAUUCAUUAUUGGAUGGAACAUGGUGCUGGAGUACCUUAUAGGUACGAGCGCGUGUGCCUGCGCCCUGAGCGCCUGCCUGGACGCCCUGUCGGAAGGCGCCGUUUCCAACGCGAUAGGGAACAGCGUGGGAACCAUAUUCGGUCGGCCGCCCGAUUUCCUCGCGUUCGUCAUCACCAUACUGAUGAUGUUGCUGAUGGCCGCGGGCGUCAAGAAGUCCCUGGUGUUCAAUAACGUGUUAAACGCCAUCAAUCUCGCCGUCUGGGUGUUCGUGAUGACGGCGGGCAUGUUCUACGUGAACGGCGACUACUGGGCCGAGGAGAAGGACUUCCUCCCGUACGGCUGGAGCGGUGUGUUCACGGGCGCGGCGACCUGCUUCUACGCGUUCAUCGGGUUCGACAUCAUAGCGACCACCGGCGAAGAGGCGACCAACCCGAAGAGGAGCAUCCCUCUCGCGAUCAUCUCGUCGUUGAUCAUAAUUCUGGUCGCCUACGUCACCAGCAGCAUGGUGCUGACAUUGAUCGUCCCGUACCACGAGGUGGACCAGGAGUCGGCCUUGGUGGAGAUGUUCGGCCAGGUGGGCGCCUACAAGUGCAAGUACAUCGUCGCCGUUGGCGCACUGGCCGGCCUCUCGGUCUCCAUGUUCGGAAGCAUGUUCCCCAUGCCGAGGAUAGUCUACGCUAUGGCCCAGGACGGCCUCAUAUUCAGGAGCCUGAGCCAGGUCUGGCCAGCCACGGGCACCCCGGCCCUAGCGACACUGACUUCCGGUAUGGCAGCGGCGGUAGCGGCCCUCGUGAUCCGGUUGGAGGUGCUGGUGGAGAUGAUGUCCAUCGGUACCCUGUUGGCCUACACCCUGGUGUCCACCUGCGUGCUGAUCCUGCGCUACCAGCCCCACUCGACCAAUCUGAUGGAGCUGUUGCCUCAGAGCCUGAGGACACCUUGUCGAUCGCCGACCAAGGAGACUCAGGGUAACGGACAGGUGUCUUACGGGAAGGAGCUGCGGCCGGACCAGCUGUCCACGGCCUUGAACACCGCGCAGACCACGCAGCCGGAGCUGACCGCGUCGAACAACGGGCAACGCAUCAUGGUUCGACGAGUGCGGAGGUGCAACAGCUCGUCGCCCGACUCGGACGACACGUACGGUGCCGAGGAGGACGAAGUGGGCCUGGGCAAGGACGAUCAGUACCUGGUGAGCGACAGGACCGAGAACAAAUUCUACGGCAGCGUCCACGCUGCGGCCGCCGCCUCGACUUGCGGCAGCGCGCACCAGUACCCCGGGAACACGCCGAUCAUAGGUCCGCCGUUGAAUUAUCUUCAGCGUCGUCUGCAGGCUGCGCAGUACCUGUGUCCAGCCAUAUUCCCGUGGGUGGACCGAGGCCCGGCCACGGAGGCGUCCGGCCGCUACGUGAUGAAGCUGGUAGGGAUCCUCUAUCUGCUGAUAGUGAUCUUCGAUCUGAUCAUCGUUUGCGGCAUGGGGAAUAUGGGAACGUUCACCACGAUAAUCAUGUUCCUCUUCCUGUUCGCCAUCAUCGGGGUGUUGCUGGCGAUCAGCAGAAAGCCGCAAAACAGGAACAGCAUGAUGUUCAUGACCCCGGGGCUGCCGUUCGUCCCUGCGGUCGCCGUCACCGUGAACAUUUACCUCAUCUUCAAGCUGAGCAUCCUGACGCUGGUCAGAUUCACAGUGUGGAUGAUACUCGGGUUCAUCAUGUACUUCUACUACGGCAUCAAGCACAGCAGCCUGGAGGAGGCGAGCAGGUCGGAGAACCUGGAGGACAACGGUACCGGGGGCAACAUCGAGCUGACGGUGACGGAGCCGCACCGACAACAGCAGCAGCAACAGCAACAGCAACAGCAGCAGACGCAGCAUCAUCCGUCGCCGUACUCGGGGUCCGACCGCAGCAUCUACGAGGGCCAGCAAUUGGACGCGUUCGGUCAGCCUGUGUUCGGCAGCACGAACUUCGGCGGGACACCGAGCCAGAGGCAAGAGACGACGACGGCCGGCGGCCAAUCGUUGUUCAUCAACCAGGAGAGCUUCCCGACAUGGGACGACUGAGCGCCGCACCGAUUCCGAACGAACGUAUCCGCAUAGAUAGGAUGCGCCGUGCGGCGCGCAUCCAUCUAUGCAGGAUAUAUUCCAGCGAGUUUGAGUCGCACACGAGCGCCUGACCGGCACCGAAUCGACGAAAAGAGAAUAAACACGACCCUGUGGGAGCUCGCGGUGGUUCCCCCGGAUCAUCGGCGAGAGCUGGUUCCUCGAAUGUUCCUCCUACGUUCGUUCUUCAGCUUCGACCCUUCGGUUUCCCUGAAGAAGGCGCGUCUCUUCGGCAACAGCGACGACAGCCGCGACAACCACGAGACGGCCACGAUUACGACGACGACACCGACGACACAACACCAGCUGCUAUGUACAUAUCGUUUUUGGGCGGACGCCCCUUCGACCGGUUCCCAUUUCUCUCUCCGUAGCUUACGAUUAGUCGUUCCUUCAGCUAGAGUCCAGGUAGAUUGUUCUUCGGUGAACCGCAAAGGGAAUGGUCGAAGCGAGCAGGCGCCGCGCGGUCUUGGUCCAUGGGACACGACGCUCCAUGGCGAUGCGAUCUGGCACGGCCGAUGGGAUCUCUGCUUCCCGCUGUUGCCGAAUCGAGCUCCCUGGGUCUGGUUAUCGUUGUCCAGCAACACCGGGGACGACUCUACGAUUAUCGAGGACGACCAACGAUCCUCCGGCCGAAAGCAGACGAACGCGUUCUCCAUCGGCUAGCCAGUCUCACUCUUCUGACAUAUCUGUCCAUAUCCACAAAGAGCGACUGCGGAAGGGUCGGACGGUCGACGGUGGGACUCCGCUUCUCGAAAUUCUGAGCUUCCUUUCUAAGAGAUUAGUUGUCACUUCUCCGCAAAGAAGAACGUCAAUUGCCUACGCUGCCCGAUCGUCCCCUUCCGCAGCACCUGAAACGAGCCAUAUCAUCAUUCGCGAGAUUAGGGAAGCGAACCUAGAGAAAUAGAUGGAGAGAGAGAGAGAGAGAGAGAGAGAGAGAGAGAGAGAGCGAGAGAGAGAGAGAGGAUCAGCGAGCCUCCAAGGGGUGAAUAUUGUUGACUACUGUUUUUUCGGGACGAAUGUAGCAAAUAAUUUUCCGCGGCAAUAUUUAUUAUCCUAGUUGUAUAAAUGAUGAAGGAGAAGAUAACCAGGGAGCGUAGGGAGUGGAGAGGACGGGGGGAGCGACGAGACCAUUAUCAUUCCUAGCGUAAGGCGAAACUUGUGUUUUCCAAGAGAGCAUUUUAAACUGCUACGCGCAGAUCAUUUUAAACGUACCGCUAGAGUUUGCGUGGGUGCGUGCGUGUGUCGGUGCGUGAACGAGAGCAUGAUCGGAGAACAAAAAAAGAACACAGAAAAUCAAUUCGUUCCUGAAUCGAAGGAUGAAAGGGGAAGAGAGAGAGAGAGAGA